AUGAAUCCGAUCAAGAAUAUUGAAUACCGUGAAAGAUUUACAAAGGCUAUUGAUGAAUCUUUAAAAAACAUUAGGAAACAGCAUUCAGAAAAUCAUCCACUCGUUGAGGAAGAUGGGCGCUUAUAUUUCAAGGGUGUUAAUCCACGCGUCUGGUUGGUGAACGAAGUAGAUGAUGAACCACUACGCCACUUUACCUACCUUACUGGACUUAUUCUCUCCGACGGUGUCACAAAACCAGAUGAAAGUUUCUUGGAAGCAUGUGACUGCAAUAUACGGUCUACAUGUUGCCGAAAGGACAACGAACCUUGUCACGACACUCAGGCUUAUACCAGCAGGGGAACUCUGGCCAUCCCUCCCGGAACAGCCAUUUACGAGUGCACAUCCGUCUGUAGAUGCACCACAUCAUGCAGAAAUCGGGUUGUUCAAAGGGGACGUCAAAUGGAACUCGAGGUCUUCAAAACAUUUAAUAAGGGAUGGGGUGUCCGGGCCCUCACGACCAUCCAGCCCAAUACGUUUGUGGAGGAGUACAUUGGCGAGGUCAUCGGCGAGGAAGAAGGCCAGUUUCGCGGCAGUCUCUAUGAUUCAAUUUCUCUGAGUUAUCUAUUUGAUAUGGAUUUUGCUAUACGUCAUGGUCUAGAAAACAAAUAUGUAAUCGAUGCGUUUCACCUUGGAAACGUGAGUCGGUUUAUCAACCAUUCUUGUGCUCCGAAUCUCAAGGUUCACUCCGUCUUUUACGACAGCGCAGAUGUCUAUUACCACCGUAUAGCAUUCUUCAGCAAUCGACGAAUUGAAAAGGGGGAAGAACUCACACUGGACUAUGGAGGCGGAUAUCUCGGGGUUAAUGACUUGGAAGGCGAUCAAGAAAUCACAAGAAACAGAAUGGAGUGUCACUGCAAGGCCACUACUUGUAGAAAAUGGAUCUAUUAA